UGAGUCGUUUUUUCAAAGGUUAAAAGCGGGGACGUUGCAUUGUAACUCUUUUGAAUUUUGAAAUUUGAAUAAGAAAUUAAUAUAUUACACGUUUUCCUAAAAAUAAUUUUUGCAAAUGGAUUAAUUUUGCGCUUGAAGUUUAUUUAUAUCACAUUGAAAACAAGAUAGAUAAAUAUCUAUUUAUCUCAGGAUUAAGACAACCUCUCAUCCAGCUUGUUUUACUGUUUAAUGUGAUUUGCAUUCCGCAAUAUGAACGAGGACUUGUCAAGCGUUAUUGAGCAGGCGUUACUUUUUGCUCUUCCACUUCCGGUUCCGGAAUGCGCAGAAACAUGUAAUUUAGAUUCCGUAAAAGGGGCACCUGGGACAGUGUCAUUUAAUAAUAAUAAUAAUAAUGUGACUUGUAGACACUCUCCAUUGCCAGGCUCUUACAAUAAUCAGAAAACUGGCAUAGCUUACACCGAAGUUGAGAAUAAUGAUAGUGCUACUUGUUUAGCAAUGGAGACCAUUGACGGUUUAUAUUCCGUCCCAUAUAUCAAUACGGAUCCUUUUGCUGAGGAUAAAGACCGUUACACGAAGAAGCGCAGAGAGACGCUGUUUGAUUUUGGGUCUUUUGAUUUAGAUAAUGAGGAAGUAAAAAGAAACUGUGCCAGUUUUUGUGAUGUUCCUUAUGAAGUACCUAGUGACAUAGCGGAGACUGGAGAAUCACAAAAAGAACUUGUUCAGAAAUGCGUUCCAUCUAUGUUAACGACUCCAGAACAGACAGUUUGUAGUCUAGUUCUUCCUGACAGUUCAAAGAGCUUAAACGAGGCUGAAAAUCCUGGCAGCGUGGCAAUAAAAGUUAAAAAGAAACGAAAGAGAGAAAAGAACCCUGGACCGUAUCCAGAUCCUAUACUUCCACCGUGUGUUAUCUGUAACGAAAAAGCUUCUGGAUUUCACUACGGGGCAAACACGUGCGAGGCUUGCAAAGGCUUCUUCAGAAGGACACUUAAAAAGGAAGAAUCGAGGUUAAAAUGUAAAUGCAAACCGGAUAUGCGAGAAGAAUGGAAACGAGGCCCAGUUAAAAAUGGCUGCUCAUCAUGUAGAUUCAGAAGAUGCUUGAAGCAAGGCAUGUCAAGGAACGCUAUAAAAAUUGGUAGAUACACAAUUAAACACAAAACUGAAAACAUAAACCAAGUUAAAUCUGCUGAAGCUGUUGAUAAGAUGAUCGAUGUAGCCAUUGCGAAUGUACCUGAAAAUAGUCCGUCAUCCACUUUCGAUUUAUGUGAGCAUGCGUCAGUGAACAGUCCAUCAUCCACUUCCGGUUUAGCAGACUUUAACAUUGGGUCACUUGACGACUUCGAAAAUUCAAAUAUGGUGGAGAAAUAUGUUGUAUCAUCCAGUUCUCAAACAGAUUUUUGCGAUUUGUCACCAGAAACGAAAAAGGCAAAAACAUGCAAAAACGAGCUCAUGUCAUCAGAGGAAAUGGAUUCAAUUGUGGACAGGUUGACAGAUGCACACACAAAAGCAGAUUUGUUUGAAACUCGUAACGUUCCUAUUGAUGUCAUACGGCAAAAGCAAACAGACUAUCUGGAAAACUACAACAUGCGGAAACAGAUGUUUGGCGACAUGACUUUAUCAGCUGAGGAAUUCAAUGAGUUCUACAAUAUCACUGGUAUAGAUCUUGACGGGAGAAUCGAACAUAUGACUGGGGUUUUCGAUUACCUCGAACGGAAAAUUUCAAAACUUGUUGAUUUUGCCAAGGCCAUACCAGGAUUUAAACGCCUGAGUCUAAAUGAUCAGGCUAAUUUAAUAAAAGCUUCUCGAGUAGAGAGUUCCCUAUUUGGGGGGUACAAGGAACGCUCCAGGCAAAUGGAUUUAGACAGGCGGAUCUUGACCACGCCCUGGGGCAAGGAAAUUCAUUUAGAUGUGCUUGCAAAAAUUCACCCCAUAGACCCCAUUAUUUCCAGACAUAAACAGUGUCAGUUACUGGUGGAUUUGAAACUAACAGAGAAAGAAGAUGCAAUCAUACGGGCGAUAGUGAUUAUGUUUACAGACCGAUGCCCCCUGGAGGAGCCUCACAAAGUUGAACAGAUACAAGAAAAACUUAUCGCAUGUCUAAAAUACAUUCUCAAUACGCGGUCUUGCGGUGGUUCUGUACCUCUAUUUUAUAAAAUAUUUAGCUUUCUUACUAAUCUUCGUAAUUUUUCUGAACACGAUAGCAAAUUCAGAGGAACACUUAUCCGUGACUAUCCAAUGCUGUCCACGGAUAGAUAUCACUUACUUAAAGAGUUCAUGUCAUGAACCUGUUUAUAUGUUAGUAAUAAUUAUUCUUGUGAAACAAGUUAAUAACCAUCAAGUUUUAUUUCUGUUUGUAUAAAAUUUUGAUGAAAAACUUGUAUAUUAUCAAAAAAUCACACAUUCUUGUUUUCAUUUUUGUCAUUGAUAGAUUGUUCGGUAUGAUAAAAAAUACCUCUCGUUCAUUAUUUCAUGUACUUGUAUAUGAUGUUUAAUUUGAAUUAAAGUUAACAAAAA